UCCUUAAGUUGCGUCGCGCCACAGCUGUCUGCGAACACUGAGCUGCCUGGCGCCGUCUUGAUACUUUCAGAAAGAAUGCAUUCCCAGUAAAAAAAAAAAAAAAAUCUGAGAGAGGGCGAGAGAGAGAGAGAGAGAGAGAGAGAGAGAGAGAGAGAGAGAGAGAGAGACAGCAACGCCAGAGAGAGAGAGAGAGAGACGGAGAGAGCGAGAGACGGAGCAAGCCACGCAAUCUGACCGAGCACUUUCUGCUCUUCAGGUCGCACGCCUCCUCCUCUCUGCUCCUCGCUACCCAGGUGACUUGAGGAGGAACCCAGCCUCGGAGCGGCUGCAGAGGAGCUUCACUAGCAGAAUUCCAGCUUUCCUCACCCCCUCCUCUUAACAAUUUGGUCCCCCUUUAUACGUCCGUACUUGUUUUUUUUUGUUUUUGUUUUUUUGGGGGGGAUUUCUCUUUUCCUUCCUCUUCUCUUUGCUAAGCUACUACUCAAAAGAUUUUUUGAAAGUCUCCUUUGCUCACCUUAUCUUCCCACCUCCCCCAUUCCUCCAUUGAAAACAAACCAGUAAACGACCCCCACUCCUCCGACAGCAAGCUCACCUGCAUAGCAUCGAAGCCCCAAACGCCUGACCUACCAGUCCGACCGCCCUCCCUCUCCGUGCGCGGGUUCCGGGCCCGGCGAGAGGGCGCGAGCGCAGCCGGGGCCAUGGAGGUGACGGCAGACCAGCCACGCUGGGUGAGCCACCACCACCCCGCGGUCCUCAACGGGCAGCACCCGGACACGCACCACCCGGGCCUCGGCCACUCCUACAUGGACCCGGCGCAGUACCCCCUGCCCGAGGAAGUGGAUGUACUUUUUAACAUCGACGGUCAAGGCAACCACGUCCCGUCCUACUACGGAAACUCGGUGAGGGCCACUGUGCAGAGGUACCCUCCGACCCACCACGGGAGCCAGGUGUGCCGCCCGCCGCUGCUGCACGGAUCCCUUCCCUGGCUGGAUGGCGGCAAAGCCCUGGGCGGCCACCACACCGCUUCGCCUUGGAACCUCAGCCCCUUCUCUAAGACGUCCAUCCACCACGGCUCCCCGGGGCCCCUCUCGGUCUAUCCCCCGGCCUCAUCCUCCUCCUUGUCGGGGGGCCACUCCAGCCCGCACCUCUUCACCUUCCCGCCAACCCCACCAAAGGAUGUCUCCCCGGACCCGUCCCUGUCCACGCCCGGCUCGGCCGGCUCGGGCCGGCAGGACGAGAAGGAGUGUAUCAAGUACCAGGUGCCGCUGCCCGACAGCAUGAAGCUCGAGUCGUCGCACUCACGGGGCAGCAUGACCACCCUGGGAGGGGCGGCCUCAUCGGCACACCACCCCAUCACCACCUACCCGCCCUACGUUCCAGAAUACAGCUCCGGACUCUUCCCCCCCAGCAGCCUGCUGGGGGGCUCUCCCACCGGCUUCGGGUGCAAGUCGAGGCCUAAGGCAAGAUCCAGCACAGAAGGCAGGGAGUGUGUGAACUGCGGGGCGACCUCUACCCCACUGUGGCGACGAGAUGGCACCGGGCACUACCUGUGCAAUGCCUGUGGGCUCUACCACAAGAUGAAUGGGCAGAACCGACCGCUUAUUAAACCCAAGCGAAGGCUGUCGGCAGCAAGAAGGGCAGGAACGUCCUGUGCAAACUGUCAAACCACCACUACCACUCUCUGGAGAAGGAAUGCCAAUGGGGAUCCUGUCUGCAACGCCUGCGGGCUCUACUACAAGCUGCACAAUAUUAACAGACCCCUGACUAUGAAGAAGGAAGGCAUCCAGACCAGAAACCGAAAAAUGUCUAGCAAAUCCAAAAAGUGCAAAAAGGUGCACGACACGCUGGAGGACUUCCCCAAGAGCAGCUCCUUCAACCCUGCUGCCCUCUCCAGACACAUGUCCUCCCUCAGCCACAUUUCACCCUUCAGCCACUCCAGCCACAUGCUGACCACUCCGACGCCGAUGCACCCGCCGUCCAGCCUCUCCUUUGGACCUCACCACCCUUCCAGUAUGGUCACCGCCAUGGGUUAGAGUCUCUGCUCGAUGUGUAAAGGUCUCCAGGCGAGAGUCCCUCCGGCCCCUUCUACGUGCAUUUUUGCAGGAGCAUAUCAUGAAAUCGAGAACUGAUGGAUAUCUGGUUUUUGAAGGCAGAAGGCAAAAUGAUGUUUGCUACUUUUGCUGAGGAGCUCACUGUGGUGUCUGCAUUCCCAAUCACUGAAUCUGGAUCCCAUUUGUGAAUAAGCCAUUCAGACUCAUAUUCCCUAUUUAACAGGGUCUCUCUAGUGCUGUGAAAAAAAAAUUGCCGAACAUUGCAUAUAACUUAUAUUGUAAGAAAUACUGUACAUUUGAAGAAGACUUGAUUGCAUCUGGGUAGCUGUAAGGAAGGCAUAAAGGAUGCCAAGAAUUUUAAGGAAGAUGGGGGAAAUCAAGGUUGGAAAUGAAGAAGAAACUAGAUCUGAUGUCCAAAUGGACAAACUGCCUUUCACUGGCCACAGGUGUUUGAUGCAUUAAAAAAAGAGAAAAAAAAAGAAAAAAGAACAAAAAAAAAGUUGUAGGCGAAUCAUUUGUUCAAAGCUGUGGGCCUCUGCUUAGGAAAUUCUACGAGUUUGGGCAAUUGGUGUUAACACUCACAUUUUGCCGCCGAGGGUUUCAGAUAGCCUUUUCCAGGCCUACAUGCUGCGUGAUCAAGUCCCUGUAAUUGUUGUUUGUAUGUAUAAUUCAAAGCACCAAAAUAAGAAAAGAUGUAGAUUUAUUUCAUCAUAUUAUACAGACUGAAUCGUUGUACAAAUUUAUUUACUGCUAGUGUUAAGCUCCGCUUUUUUUUUGUUUGUUUAAUGUUUUCCUUCUCUCUCCAUUUUUGGUUGAAUAAACUAGAUGACAUUCAGUUGACCUAA